CGUUGGCUCGCAAAAAGUGGUGAAAAGUUUUUAGCCCCCCUCCUCUGUAUGUUUUUGUUAGGGGAAAAGUUGUUGGUAGUUAGGUCCUGUGAAUGUAGCCUGUCCGUAGUUUUUCGCCCGUCGGUAACAAUGCGGGAGAAUGUGAGUGUUUUACUUUUUUAAAGUCGGACAGCGAGCUUCUGAGCAGGGUUACAAGGCUUUACGUCCUCUGCUUGGACUGAAAAUCUCAGUGGCCAUCAUCGUUUCACCUCUGCCGUCUCGUUAGCCACCUAGCUAGCUGCGCCGCUAGCUAACUACCCAACAAAGUUAACGCUACCUCGCCUCAUAGUGUGUUUCUUGGGGUAACUUCCAGCUUGGAAAAGAGCAACCAUAGAGAUGGCGGAAACCAAAAUAAUUUAUCACAUCGACGAAGAGGAGACGCCGUAUUUGGUGAAGAUACCUAUUGCAGCCGAAAAUAUCACUUUACUGGAUUUUAAACAGGUCUUGAACAAGCCGAACUACAAAUUCUUCUUCAAGUCUAUGGACCAAGACUUCGGGGUGGUGAAGGAAGAGAUUUCUGAUGACAGUGCCAAGUUGCCAUGUUUCAACGGCAGAGUGGUUUCAUGGUUGGUAUCUUCAGACACUCCAACAGCAGAGCCUCCAGUGGCAGUGGUCCCCCCUGUGGAAACGAUUACCCAGCCUUCGCCCCCUCCUCCGCCACUCCCACCCCCACCUGCAGAGAGGACUGGGGGCAUUGGGGAUUCCAGACCGCCCUCUUUCCACCCCAAUGCAACAGGCAGUGUAGAGACCUUGGACGACCAGACUGAAACCGAAUCUGUAGUCUCCUUUAGGAGGGAGAGACCUCGGCACAGAGAAGGCAUGGAGCCACACGGGCCUCGAAUGAAUGGCCAAAGUCGACUGGAGCGCCACCUGGCAGGGUACGAGAGCUCCAGCACUGUAAUGAGCAGCGAGCUGGAAACCACCAGCUUCUGCGACUCCGAGGACGACGACACCAUGAGCAGGUUCAGUAGUGCAACAGAGCAGAGCACAGCCUCUAGGCUUCUUAAACGUCACCGCAGACGCAGGAAACAGCGCCCCCCACGUUUGGAGAGGGCCUCCUCCUUCAGCAGUGUGACAGACUCCACAAUGUCCUUGAACAUCAUCACCGUUACUCUCAACAUGGAGAAGUACAAUUUCUUGGGAAUCAGCAUUGUGGGCCAGAGCAACGAACGGGGGGAUGGAGGCAUCUACAUUGGCUCCAUCAUGAAGGGAGGAGCUGUAGCUGCAGACGGACGUAUCGAACCUGGUGACAUGUUGCUGCAGGUGAAUGACAUCAACUUUGAGAAUAUGAGUAAUGACGAUGCAGUGCGGGUACUGAGGGAGAUUGUACACAAGCCAGGGCCCAUCAUCCUCACAGUGGCUAAGUGCUGGGACCCUUCUCCCCAGGGCUACUUCACUCUGCCUCGCAAUGAACCAAUCCGACCCAUUGACCCAGCAGCAUGGGUCAGCCACUCGGUGGCUAUGACUGGGGUCUACCCCGCCUUCCCAGGCAGCUCCUCCCUCAGUACCAUCACCUCUUCUUCCUCCGUAACCGAAACCGAACGUUUUGAUGACUUCAACUUAUCACUGCACUCUGACAUGGCAUCGGUUGCCAAGGCCAUGGCCUCGCCAGAGUCGGGUCUUGAGGUCAGGGACCGCAUGUGGCUUAAAAUCACCAUCCCCAACGCUUUCCUCGGCUCAGACGUAGUGGAGUGGCUCUUCCACCACAUUGAGGGGUUCCAGGACCGCCGUGAAGCCAGAAAGUAUGCCAGCAACCUAUUGAAAGCCGGCUUCAUCCGACACACAGUCAACAAGAUUACCUUCUCCGAACAGUGUUACUACGUCUUUGGAGAUUUAAGCGACUGUGAGAACUACAUGGCCAACCUGUCCCUGAAUGACAAUGAUGGUUCCAGUGGGGCCUCAGACCAGGACACCUUGGCUCCCCUGCCUCUCCCUGGGGCUUCCCCGUGGCCCAUGAUGCACACCUUCCCCUAUCAGCCCUACCCAACACAUGCCUUCUCCAGCCAGCCACCCCCGUACCACGAGCUCACCAGCUACACCUACGCCCCCGGCAGCACCGGCAGCCAGCACAGUGAAGGGAGCCGAAGCAGUGGAUCGACAAGAAGCGAGGGUGAGCGACGUCGCAGCACCAAAGGCCCAGGCAGCACUGUGGGUGGAGGGGAGAAAUCCCCCUCUGGCGGGGGAGUAGAAGGUGGUGGGGCCGACUCGCGCUCUGGGAGCGGCAGUGAAUCGGAAUACUCUACCCGCAGCAGCCUGCGGCGUGGCCACGGUUCAGCUGCCCCCAGCGAGCACAGUCAUGCUUCCUCCCAGCGCUCUCAUCAUCACCGCAUUCCCCAACCCCCCCACAUGUCUCCCUACCCACCAGGUAUCAUGCCUUACAACCCCAUGAUGGUGAUGAUGGUACCCCAGCACCCACACCCGGCCAUGGCAACUGCUCACACCCUUCCCCACGCGCAGCAGAUGGCCACAGCAGCCAUGCACCCGGCUCUAGCUCCAUCCCCUUCCUCCACUCCAGGGGGACCUCCUGGGGCCCCGCCCACCCGUGACCUAGGCGCCGUACCCCCAGAGCUGACUGCAUCACGCCAGUCGUUCCACCUGGCCAUGGGAAACCCCAGCGAGUUCUUUGUGGACGUCAUGUAGUUUCUGUCUUGGUGUGGAGUGACCAUUCAUGUGAAGAUAUUGUACGGUUGUAUUGUACUUGUAUUGAUGAGUAUCUGGUGAUAGCUUUUUAAGCUCACAAGGGACAAGGGGCCUAUUGGAUUGAGGGCACUUGUUACAAAUUUGGUGAGAACAGGGUUUAAUAGUGACAAAGAAAAUAAGGCAAAAUGGAAACACCAUGUGGAAUUUGGUCUGACUUUAUGUCUACAAAGUCUAGUUUCUUUUAAAUAAUGUCAUCUACAUAACAUUUUCAACCCUAAUUCCAGAAAGACAAGUCCUUUCUUAUCUCAGUAGUGAGCUUGUAUUUUUCAAAAAGAAAGCUCCCAUUACACACUUUUGAUUGCAGAGCUGUUCAGCACUCCAGUUCCUGCAAUCCUCAAAACUGAAAUAUAAUAUUUUAGGAGGGGAAGCACCUUCCCAAACCAGCUAUGAAUGUCAGAGCUUUCCAUCCAGUAAGCACACCAACCACAGUUUAACACUAAAGAGUGCCAAGUACACUGUUUACUUGAGGAUAGAUACAAUCCUCUAUACAUAUCUGGAUCACCAUGCCAGAUCUGUUGGCAGCAGGGGCAUAUUGAGUUGCUAACUCUUUGCAUUUUUAGACACAUUUUCACACUCCAGGUACAUAAAACAACUCCUUGUUCCAGCAUUGUUUGACAAUAAACGUCUGUGUAUAUAUAUCUACUACUCCUAUGUAAAUGCAACAAUACAGAACAGCAAGCUCUAAUGUGAAAAGAAAAUAGGUCCAAAAAUGUCAGGUGAACUUGUGUUUAGUAAUCACUGUCUAGGCCUAGUCGUCAAAUAACUCUUAUUGUGAGGAGUAUUCUGUAUUGGACUGUUGACUGUAGAGGCCUAACGGUACUAGGUGAAAAGACAAGAUGCUGAAAGCGGUACAUUUUGAUUACACAGUGUAUAUAAUAAGUAACUGUGAUCCAAAUGCCCCAUGCUUAUUUUUAUGUUACUGACUUGCAUUAUCCACCCAUUUCAUUUUUUGUAUGAGUGACUAUAUAAAUCAUGUAUAAUCGUACUUUUAAGGUGCUAAAUGAAGUUUCAACAUUUCAAAAAAACAAUGACAUUGACAGUGUCACAUUGUUUGAUUUCAUAUCGCUACCUUUGUUUGUGUACUUGAGAAUAAAUUUGAUACUUAACUAC